AUGAGAAUUUUUAAAUAAGCAUUUGAAACUAUUCAAGGAAAAAAGUAACAAGAAGAAAAUAAAUCCAAUCCUAAAGACUCUUUUUAUAUAGAUCAAUAAUUUAUGACUCCUGAAUUCUUAUAUCAAUCCAAUCAAAAUCUUGCCUCUAAGAAUAAAAAUACUUUAACUUAACAAUUUUUUAUCACUUUAGCUAAUUUAGAAUAUCUAUUUCAUAAAUCUCCAAUCAAAUAAGUUAAUACACUUGAUAAAUUAGUUGGAAUGUAUUAAGAAUGUAUAUAAUAAUAUGACACACUUCUUGAUCCUAUUAAAUAUUACUUUCUUUAUAAAAUUAAGAAUCUUAUCAUAUAAUCAGAAUAAUCUGUUUAAAGAGAAUCCUGCUCUAUUCAAUCCAUUAAUAGUUCCAAGUAUUUUACAUCAUUUAAUUCUUAAUAGAAAAUAACCAAUAUAAUAAAUUGAUAUCCAUGUUAAUUAAGAAUUUUUAGAUUUCACAGAUAGAAUUGAAAAACCUACAGAAUAUGCUACUCCAAAAGAUGAAGAUUAAUUUCAAUAAGAAGAAAACUUAAAAAUAAUCAAUUAAUUGUAAAACUUAAUAGACGAUUCACAUCCUCAUAAAUCUACUGAUUAACUCAAUUUCAAAAAAAAUCAAUUAUAAUCUAAUUCAAAUGAAUUUUAUAAUCAUCCUAUUCAAAAUUCAUAAUCAAAAAGUACACCAAAUUUACUUUGUUCAACUUAACAAAUAACUUAAGAAUAAUUAAAAUUAGAUGAUGUUGAAACUUAAUUAUUAACUUAAUCAAAAUCUAUUUAGGAUAGGUUACUUGCAAGACAAAGAAACAAAUAAAAAAAGGAUAAUUGA